AUGAUGCUCCGAGAAGUAAAACCCAAGAAUCCGCGUACGGCGCGCAUUCUCAAAGCCAAAGAACCCCAGCUCAUCGAACCCCCCAAGCGGACUCUUUUAAUGCACGGUUCGAAAUGUCCGACACCCCUGCACACUGUUCUCAAGACGUUCCAUUCCUUGACCCGGCCAAAUUCGGUCUUGUUCCAUAAGAAGAACGAGAAGAUCCACCCGUUCGAGAAUGUCGAAAGCCUCGAGUUUCUGGCCAACAAGAACGAGUGCGGAAUGGUCGUGUUUGGAAGUAGCAGCAAGAAGCGACCGAACUGUGUGACUGUGGCACGUGUAUUCGACUCGAAGCUCCUCGACAUGUGUGAACUGAUGCUCCUCCCCAACCCAGACGGCGAGGAUAUCCCCGCCAUGAACAACCUUACUAUGCACGUGGGCGUUGGGCUACGGCCGUUGAUGCUUUUCUCGGGAAGCGCAUGGGAUGAUUCUACGUCGACGCCGCAUGUUCUACUUAAGAGUAUGUUUGUGGAUAUGUUCAAGGGCGAGAUAUCGGAUAAGAUCGACGUCGAGGGAUUACAGUAUGCACUUUUACUGGCCGCCGACGAACCCACCGAGGGACUAGCUCCCGUGAUCCAUCUGCGGUGGUACAAAAUCCGGACAAAGCGCAGCGGACACAAGCUCCCGCGGGUAGAGCUGGAUGAGAUAGGCCCGAAGUUCGACUUCAAGGUAGGCCGCCUUCAGGAGGCGCCUCGGGAGGCGAUGAAGGAGGCGAUGAAGCAGGGCAAGCGACCCAACGAGGAAAUCAAGUUGAAGAAGAACAUUGGCAUGGACACGAUUGGUGACAAGAUCGGUCGUGUGCAUCUGGCGAAGCAGGAUCUGGGUGGAUUGCAGACGCGGAAAAUGAAGGGAUUGAAGCGACGAGCAGGGAUGGAGUCCGAUGAGGAAGAAGGGAACGCCGACGCGAUGGAUGUGGAUGAGAUUUCAGAGGACGAGGGCCGGAAGAGGGCGAAGACGGGCUGA